AUGUUUCAUGAAUGGUCAAGGCUCGAAGAAGGAGAAGGUGAAGGAGAAGGAGAGAGAGAGAAGGAGAGAAGGAGAGAAGGAGAGAAGGAGAGAAGGAGAGAAGGAGAGAAGGAGAGAAGGAGAGAAGGAGAGAAGGAGAGAAGAAGGAGAGAAGGAGAGAAGGAGAGAAGGAGAGAAGGAGAGAAGGAGAGAAGGAGAGAAGGAGAGAAGGAGAGAAGGAGAGAAGGAGAGAAGGAGAGAAGGAGAGAAGGAGAGAAGGAGAGAAGGAGAGAAGGAGAGAAGAGAGAGAAGAAGAGAAGGAGAGAAGGAGAGAAGAGAAAGGAGAGAAGGAGAGGAGAGAAGGAGAGAAGGAGAGAAGGAGAGAAGGAGAGAAGGAGAAAGGAGAGAAGGAGAGAAGGAGAGAAGGAGAGAAGGAGAGAAGGAGAGAAGGAGAGAAGGAGAGAAGGAGAGAGAGGAGAGAAGGAGAGAAGGAGAAGGAGAGAAGGAGAGAAGGAGAGAAGGAGAGAAGGAGAAGAGAAGGAGAGAAGGAGAGAAGAGAGAAGGAGAGAA